AUGAAACGACGAGUCGCGUUUACGCCCGAGUCGUUUCCACCGUUUAUUUUAUCAUUUACUGGAAAUACUCCCGGUUCGAAUGAAAUACGAACAAAAUUAAUUGAUCUGAAGAAUAUUCAUAAAUGUCCAACUACCUGUCGUUUUAAGUCAAAGAAAGACUUACUUUUAUUCCCACAAGAUGAUGCAGCACAACAGUAUCUUUUGAUUAACCUUCCCUUAAAUUUAUUUGGUGAUAGUUUCACUUACACAUCACGUGCUGCGAAAGUUAUCCAAAAAACGUUUAGCUGUGUAUUGAAAAAUAUUGAUCUAUCUAUAAAUGAAAUCGAUCUUUUAACAGAUAUUCGAGAUAUUGUACCCGAUGUUGUCGCUGUAUCACGAAUUAAAAAUGCUGCACAAAACACUCCAACAUCCCUUCUCUGA